AUUAUCAUCUUCAUUUAUUGAGAUUACAAUUUAAUCUUCUCAACCUCUUCAAUGUAAUCAAUUCAUUCAUUUACUUCUGUUUAUAGUGUUGACAUUACAGCUGAUUGUUGAUGUUAUUUAAUUUUCUGUUUGCUCUUCUGUGAUUCACUUGAUACAAAUUACAAUCAAAUUGAUUGUUAAUUUAUUACCAAAUGGAAUAUAAUUUUUUCUUCAUUUUGUGAGAAUCAACUUUAAUUAUUAUCUAAUUGUUUACAUGGUAAGUGCAUCAUUGAGAGUACAUUUAUUUUAUUCAAUGAGACUCAGACGAUUGGUGUUUAUAUUCAACGAGGAAAUCAUAUUACAUCCUGCUGAUGAUUUGAUAACAUGAAGGGAAAUCAUAAUCAAGAACAAAGUUGAUCUCAUUUCAAUCUAAUUAGCAGAAUAAUUAUCACUAUCAUGGUGAUUCAGUUGUAAAGCAAUCCACUCAAUUUCAUAUUAAGCAUCCAAGAUUCAAAAACAAUCUUACUUGAUAUUUGACAAAGGAAAUUACAAGAUACUUACAACGAGAUUACAUUAAUCAUAUUAUCAAAAAAUAAAGAUUAACAAUCAUGUCUUCAGUUGAACCUUCACCAGUUUUAUUGGUAAUUGGAUCUAAUAGAGAUGAAGAAUAUAUUGAAUGGCUUGGUAACCAAUGGUCUUUCAUAUUCCAAAAGAUAAUUGGCAUGCAAAGAUGGUUUCAGUAUCGUCAACAAUUAAAUUUAAUUGCUCCACUUUCCUAUUACAUGGUAACCACAUUGUCAGGCCUUCAAACAUUGGGUGAAGAGUAUACAUCGUUAAUUCAAAUUGAUGGUUCAAAUAAGAUUGGUUUUCGUGUUCCAUCAAAGUUACGUCGAGUAAUUAUGAUUGGAAUCAACUGUAUUUAUCCUUUAAUCACUGGUACAAUUAUUCCUAAAUUAAUGAGAAAUUCUGAAGAAUGGGAAAAAGACUCGGUGUUAUUUAUGAUGGAAAAGUUACAACACAUUAACCUUAUUCUUUUCUACAUAUUUGGUAGUUUUUACCAAUUUUCCAAGAGAAUCUCAAAUAUUAAAUACGCAACUCACACUCAAUUAACGGAAGACUAUCGAAGAUUUUACCGAUUACUUGGAAUUUUAUCAACAUUGGAAUUUGGUUUAUCCAUGAUGAUCACUUAUCGGAUUAAAAAAUAUGAAAAAGAAAAGGUUAACCAACAAAACCUUCAAUCAAUCGAAGGUUCACCAAAUGGUGUUCGAUGUUCACUUUGUUGGUCAACCAGGAAGGAAACAACAUCUACACCUUGUGGUCAUCUUUUCUGUUGGACUUGCAUUUGUCAAUGGAUUGAAAUUAAGAAAUUCUGUCCAAUCUGUCGAACUCAAAUUGAUAGCGGAAGUAAAUUGGUUUAUCUACACAACUAUUAACUAUCAACCAGUGAAAAAGCUUUAGUAUAUAUUUGGAUACCAAUUGAGGACAAUCAAAAAACAUAAAAACUUAUUAAAUUGUGAUAUUUAUUUUUCGUUCACGGAUUUGUAAUAGUUGAACAAAAGUGCUCUCUCUUAAACUCUAAGUAAAACGGUAUAACGGAUAAA